AUGACAACACUCUUUUCAAAGCGGCUAACCAAGGCCGAUAUCGAGAAUGGCUUGUCUAUUCCUGCCUGCACUCUUGGUCCCUUACCUUUCCAAGAAGGUCAUUCGAUGAACAUGCAUGUCCACGAUGGUAAUGGCCAGGAAUGGAUCUUCUCUUGCUCCAUCAAGGGAAACGAGAGUGUAGGACGUUUUCUUUCCGUGGGGUGGAUACAGUUUGUUCGUGAAAGGAAUCUUCAAGUGGAUGAUAAUGUGACCAUUCUUGAGGAAGUCAUGAAAAACCGAGCUACGGGAACAUGGAUCAAAAUCGAAGUGAAAAGGAAAAUCAGAUUGUUUGGAAAGGAUAUUUGGGCUGAUGUCAAAUGA